AUGAACCGAGAAAAUGUGGAUGUGAUGGCUUUUCAGGGUGAAAGAGCUCUCCCUGGUGGCAGCAGGGUCAUCCCUGUACAAGCAAUGGCUUUGCUGCUGCAAAGCCAAAUGUCAGAGCUGACGGGAUCAGGGACAUCACGCGAGGACAAUGUGGCAACAUUCCGGGGUUCGGAAUACUUCUGCUAUGACUUGUCUCAGAAUCCUAUCCAGAGUAGCAGUGAUGAGAUCACUCUGUCCUUCAAAACUUGGCAACGGAAUGGUCUCAUUCUCCACACGGGCAAGUCGGCUGACUAUGUUAACCUAGCGCUGAAGGACGGUGCUGUUUCAUUGGUCAUCAACCUGGGCUCAGGAGCCUUCGAGGCGAUUGUUGAGCCUGUCAAUGGAAAGUUCAAUGACAACGCCUGGCAUGACAUCAAAGUGACGCGCAACCUGAGACAGCACUCAGGCAUUGGACACGCUAUGGUGACUAUAUUGGUGGAUGGUAUAUUGACCACCACAGGAUACACACAGGAGGAUUACACAAUGCUGGGCUCAGAUGAUUUCUUCUAUGUGGGGGGAAGCCCAAGCACCGCCGACCUUCCUGGAUCUCCCGUCAGCAAUAAUUUCAUGGGCUGCCUGAAAGAGGUGGUGUACAAAAACAACGACAUACGUCUGGAACUCUCUCGGCUGGCCCGCAUCGCAGACCCCAAGAUGAAGCUACAAGGGGAUGUGGUGUUUAAAUGUGAGAAUGUCCCCACACUAGACCCUAUCUCUUUUGAGACACCAGAAUCCUUCCUCAGCCUGCCCAAGUGGAACACCAAGCGUGUGGGCUCCAUUUCCUUUGACCUCCGCACCUCAGAGCCCAAUGGACUAAUUCUUUUUACACAAGGUAAGCCCCAGGAGAAGAAAGAUGCUCAUAGCCAGAAGAGCAACAAAGUGGACUUCUUCGCUGUGGAACUUCUAGAUGGAAAUAUCUAUCUUCUGCUGGACAUGGGAUCAGGAACAAUUAAAGUCAAAGCCACACAGAGUAAGGUCAAUGACGGAGCAUGGCACCAUGUGGACAUCCAGAGAGAUGGAAGAUCAGGUAUCAUCUCUGUGAAUAGCCGCCGGACUCCAUUCACUGCCAGUGGAGAGAAUGAGAUUCUAGACCUGGAGGGUGACCUAUAUCUUGGAGGUCUCCCAGAUAACCGAGUUGGCCUGGUCCUUCCCACCGAACUGUGGACCGCUAUGUUGAACUAUGGCUAUGUGGGUUGCAUCCGUGAUCUUUUCAUAGAUGGUCGCAGUAAAGACAUUCGCCAAAUCGCAGAGGCACAGAAUGCAGUUGGAAUAAAGUCAUCCUGCAGCAAAGUAACAGGAAAACAGUGCGAUAGCAACCCCUGCAAAAACAACGGCAUCUGCAAAGAGGGCUGGAAUCGCUUCAUCUGUGACUGCACCGCUACCGGAUACUGGGGUCGUACCUGUGAGAGAG